GGCGGCAACCCGGAAGAGAUUCUGCCUGGAGCGGGUCACGUGAAAGGGCUGCAAAUGGCCGCUGGCUGUGAGGUGCACCUUGAUGCCAGCAAGAGAUUCUGUGCCUGAAGAGUGGGACUCCAUUAAUCAUGACCAGCAAUCUGGACAUUUUUGUGGGGAACACCACCUUGAUCGACGAAGAAGUCUAUCAACUGUGGCUAGAUGGAUAUUCUGUCGACGAUGCUGUCUCCCUUCGGCUGCGUUCUGGCAUCUUGGAGCAGACGGGCGCCACGGUUGACGUCCUCCAGAGCGACACCAUGGAUCACUACCGCACCUUUUACAUGCUCGAACGGCUCCUCCAUUCUCCCCCCAAGCUGCUGAACCAGCUGCUUUUCCAGAUCCCGCCUUGCCGGCAGACAAUGCUGAUCGAAAGGUAUUAUGCCUUCAAUGCUGCUUUCGUCCGUGAGGUGCUGGGGAAAAAGCUAUCAAAAGGAACCAAGAAAGAUCUGGAUGAUAUCAGUGCCAAAACUGGGGUGACCCUUAAAAGUUGCCGCCGACAGUUUGACAAUUUCAAGCGGGUUUUCAAAGCCGUGGAAGAAUUACGCGGGUCGCUGGUAGAAAAUAUUCAACAGCAUUUCUUGCUUUCCGAUCGGUUAGCCAGGGACUACGCCGCCAUUGUAUUCUUCGCCAACAGCCGCUUUGAAACCGGGAAGAAGAAACUGCAGUAUUUGAGCUUCGAGGAUUUCGCCUACUGCGCUGAACAGAUGAUCGAGAAUUGGACUUUGGGGGCGAUGGACACCAACGUAGACGACAUGGACGUCGAUUUGGAUAAAGAAUUUUUACAGGGCCUGAAGGAGUUAAAAGUUCUGAUUGCCGACAAAGAUCUACUAGACCUGCACAAGAGCCUGGUGUGCACAGCACUGCGGGGGAAAAUCUCGGUCUUCAGUGAGAUGGAAGCCAAUUUUAAGGCAUCAAGUACUUUGGGAACGAUACAUGGGUACUCUCAAGGCCUGCCUGCUGAAGAUAUACCAUGAUUAAACCCCCACAAUUUCUGUUUUUAAUUUUUAAAAAAAAACAGAUGUUAAUAAUUUAUUUCGGGAGAGACUCCCUCAAGGCCAAAGUGCCUGUUCCUCCGGGACAGAUCUCUCAUUUGUGACCCAAAGCUCAUCCUUCACCUCCCCUUUACCUUUUUUUAUUCCCCUUCAUUUUGACACUGAGGACUAGUCAAUUAGUUUCAGUAGUUGUUUUGCCUUUUUUGUUUUGCUCGGAUGAAAUAAAGAAUCCGUUUCGUCCCAA